AUGUCCUCUGGCGGCGAGCGCAAAGUCUCGGGCUCCCUGAGCCGCAGCACAAGGGGCACAACGCCGCGCCUCGCUGACCUGGGAGAGUCCCCGCGAACACCCAUUCUACGAACCAUCUCAUCCUCCUUCGGCUCACCUGGCGGCUCCUUCCGUACCGAAGACGAAUACGUCGUGAUUGAAGUCGGCUCACGCUUCGUGCGCGCCGGCUUUCCCGGCGAGAGCGCCCCGCGAUGCACCCUCCCGUUUGGGCCCGACGACCAGCGCAGGGUGGGCGACUACAGGCAGUGGGACCCCCAAUAUACGCACAAGAGAAGAAGGCGGAAGCGGGGUCUGGACUGGGGGCACGAGUAUGAGCUCUACCGGACGGACCUGAGCAAGGUCGACUUGGGGCUGGUCGAGGACAAGUUCGAGCGGGCAAUGCGAGAGGCGUACGGCAAAUACUUCUUGCUCGACACGAAGCCACGCCGCGUGCUACUUGCAAUGCCGCCCCGCAUGCCGCAUGCACUCAUGUCGACAGUUCUCGAUGUGCUGUUUACGAGCUUCCAAGCCCCCAGCAUCACCCUCAUGUCCACGCCAGUGCUGUCGACCGUGGCAGCAGGAUUACGCUCAGCAUUGGUUGUGGACAUUGGCUGGGCCGAGACACUGGUGACCGCAGUUUGCGAGUAUCGCGAGGUAGCUGAGAGGCGCAGUGUACGAGCAGGCAGGCUAUUGAGCGAGGAGAUGGCGAAGCUACUCAACGCCGAACUCGACGAUGCUGAGCCAGGCCCUACCAAGGCAGACGUAUCUUUUGAAGAGGCAGAGGAAGUCCUUACGCGCGUCGGAUGGUGCAAGCCUGUCCCUAGAUCGAACCGAAGAACCGUAUACUUUCCUGCACGAGAAGCGCCUGUGCUAGAGGAGUUUGAAGACGCUGUCGAGUCACCGCCACCUACUGUCACCAUACCUUUCCCGAAACACACCCCUCCUACCGAACUCACCAUAUCGUUCGCAUCACUAGCCAAGCCUACCGAGAAUGCUCUCUUUGCACCAGAGUUAGCCAUACACGAGUUCGACGACGAAGACCUUCCGCUGCAUCACCUCAUAUACCGCGCCCUUGUCCAGCUGCCCAUAGACGUCCGUCGACUAUGCAUGUCGCGCAUCGUCAUAACAGGCGGCGUGUCCAACUUGCCCGGUCUCAAGACGCGCAUACUGAAGGAGCUGGAUGCUCUGGUACAACUCAAGGGCUGGGACCCAGUCAAAAGCUAUGGGAAAGCAAGCGCGCGUCGCGAAGAGAAACUCCGAAACCAGAGGGAAGAUGUGGAGAUGCGCCGACAAGAAGGCGAGGAUAUGUUCCCCUCGUCGCUCGAUGCGAAUGCGCCCCCUGCCCAACUACCCGCAGCGCUUCAAUCGCCCCAAGAAGAUCCUAUAGACACAAAGUUCGCUCAGAUGGCGAUACGUCACGGUCCGCCACCUGCUAGCUUGGUUGGUGGCACCAUCAGAGGCGUAGAUACAUUAGGUGCGUGGGCAGGUGCAAGUCUGAUAGCACAGCAGCGCAUCAAGGGCAUCGUCGAAGUCGAACGCGAAAAGUAUCUCAAAGAUGGUUUGCAAGGAGCCACAAGAGAGAAGGACGUCUCUGUAAUCGCACAGAGGCAGAGCAUGGGCCCUGGACUUUCUACCAAGGGCGGAGAGAGAGCUAGCUGGACUCUAGGUGUGUGGGCAUGA